AUGCGCCUAAGUGGAUAUCUGAUCUUCCUAGCUCUGGCUAGCACCUGCAAAUCCAACCCGAUUAAACCACGCACAGCACCAGUAAACAAUGCUAUAUUCGACUACGUGGUAAUCGGUGGUGGAACAGCCGGAAUCGUCAUCGCGAGCAGACUGGCAGAGCAAUCAUAUAAGGUGGCACUGGUUGAAGCGGGCGGAUACUAUGAAUUCGAGUCUUUUGCUGAAGUCCCAGCUGCAGAUGUUCUUCCUGUAGGCUCGGAUCCGGGAACGACGGCUUCGGUGGAUUGGGGGUUUGUGGCUCGUGGACAGGGUGGAGUGAAUGGACGGGCGAUACAUUUUGCGAGGGGGAAGUGUUUGGGUGGAUCAUCUGCGUUGAAUUUCAUGAUCUAUCAACGUCCGACGAUUGAGUCAAUGGAUCAAUGGGCCAGUGCUUUGAAUGAUAGCAGCUACACAUUCGACGCAGUACUACCAUUCUAUAAGAAAAGUGUCACUUUUACAAAGCCAAAUAUUGCCGAACGCGCAGAUAAUGCAACGACUGGGUUUAGCUCGGAAGGAUUUGAUAUGGAGGAUGGUGGCCCGCUGCAAGUUUCCUAUCCUAACUACGCGCAGCCAUUUUCAUCCUGGAUGAGGUUAGGAAUGGAAGAGAUUGGGAUCAAAGGAGCAGAGGACUUCAAUCUUGGUUCGUUGAUGGGAGCUCAGUACUGUACUACGACAAUUGAUCCGAAUAGUGAGCUUCGCAGUAGCUCUCAAGCUUCGUAUCUUGGUGGUACGAUACCAGCAUCAUUGACAAUUUUUACGGAGACUCUAGCAAGAAGAGUUCUCUUUGACGAGGAUUUCCAAGCAACUGGGGUUAUAGUAAGAGGAGCAUUUGGGAACGACGUUACCCUCACGGCAUCCGAAGAGGUGAUCAUAUCUGCUGGGGCUUUCCAGUCACCACAGCUCUUAAUGGUCUCUGGAAUUGGUCCCUUGAGUGACCUGCAAAAGCUUGGCAUUAAAACGAUAGCUGAUCGACCUGGCGUUGGACAAAACAUGUGGGACCAUCCAUUCAUGGCGCCAUCAUAUCGCGUGCGAGUAGAAACACUGACCAGCUUUGCGACGAAUCUCGUCUCUGCAGCGGCCCAGCUGUUAGAAGGUGUACUCCGACGCGGGCAACUCACAAACCCAAUUGCGGAUUUUCUAGCAUGGGAGAAGAUCCCACAGAAUCUGCGUUCGAAAUGGUCAUCCAGCACGCAAAAAUUAUUAGCUCAAUUUUCGAGCGACUGGCCGGAAGCUGAAUACAUGUCCGCUGCAGGAUACAUUGGAAAUGUCUCUAAUCUCCUCCUAGACCAGCCAAGAGAUGGAUACCAGUACGGCUCAAUCCUAGGUGUCCUGAUCACGCCUUUAUCCCGAGGGAAUGUCACUCUCAAGUCUGCCGAUACUUCUGAUCUACCUAUUAUCAAUCCAAACUGGUUAGAGCACCCAGCAGAUCAAGAUAUUGCCAUUGCAAUGUUCAAGAGGAUUCGACAGGCCUUUCGAAGCCAGGCUAUGGCACCUAUCGUCAUUGGUGAAGAAUAUCACCCUGGGACCCACGUUCAAUCGGAUACCGAGAUUCUCGAAUUCGUGAAGAAUCAUAUCAUGACGCUGUGGCAUCCAGCUUGUACCUGUAAGAUGGGUACUUCGAAUGAUGAGAUGGCGGUGGUUGAUUCCCGAGCUCGCGUGUUUGGCGUUGAUAAGCUUCGUGUUGUGGAUGCGAGUGCAUUCCCCUUUCUUCCGCCUGGACAUCCUCAAGCUACUGUUUAUAUGCUUGCGGAGAAAAUUGCCCAUGAUAUUAUCAUUGGACAGUAA